CAGAUGCCAACGGUCAUCCGAGCCCUGGGCGCUUCGGCUGCAGCUGCCUCUGGCGACAUUGGGAACUUCUGGAAGUCGAAUCCCCACUAGAAGGCCCCCUCCCUGACGCCCGCUCCCAUGGGCAGCUACCUGAGCACACCCAAGCCCGCGACACAACCCCUCACUCAAGGGCGUCCGAACCCGUGGUCCAGGCCUUCCCAGGCGGAGGACUGUGGGCCCCGCAUCCGCUUCAGACCCCUCCCACGGAUGCCGCCCAACUGGGACCCCUCCCAGCCGCAGAGGGUGGUCACUGAGGCAUGGAGGCGCUUUCCUGCCAGGCCGCCCCCUGAGACAGUCCUGGGGCCAGAUCUCUCCAGCGCCUGGGAGAGUUACAUGAAGCGGUGCCUUUGGAAUGCCCGUCACCCCAGACGGAUCUGGAGUCCUGUGACGGUCAGGAUCGCGCCCCCUGAACACAGAGGGAGCCCCUGGGUGUCCCGGGCACAGGCUCCCAGUGCCUGCCCUGCAGGGCAUCCACCCGCAGAGGAGCGCCCAGACCCCUGUGCCAAGGAGACCGUGCUGAGGGCUCUCAGCCAGUGCCAGAAGGGGAACAGGAAGUUUGAUGGGCCCCUCUGGUUUGAGAUCCCAGAGAGCAGGAGCAGGAGGCGGAAGCCGGAGCCCAGGCCAUCUGCCUUCAAGCCCCUGAUCAGAAAUGGUGUGGUCCCUUCCUUCGUGCCAAGACCAGGGCCUCUGAGCAGAAGCCUUCACUCCUGGAGCGAUAACGUCUGCAGGGAAGUUGCUGACCUCCAGCCUGAUGGCCAGCCUUCACUGUCUGCUGCCCACCCCACUGCAGGGGCGGUGUCUGCCCAGGGCCCAGAUCCUCAGCUGCAGAGCUGGGAGAAGAUGCAACGCUCCUGGGGCCUCCCACCCUCCUCCAGUGCAUAAGAACAGCACCAGGAGGGUCUCUUCCCUGCCCCCGAUCCCCCCAGGAUGCUCAGCCUGCUGGCCCCUUUGACUCCUAAGAGUCAGGGCCCUGCUACCUGCCUGCUGAAAC